AUGAGCCACAAAACUCCCGAUGAGGCCAGAUCAAUCGUCGCGCAAAAUCUCGAGAUCUUCACUGCACCUUCUGUUAAACACAGCGACGCCGCUCGGCUGUUCGAACUUUUACUAAAUCUCGCCAACAUCCACCUGUGCGGCCUUCACAAAAAGUGCAACUCCGAUGCUAUAGCACAGUGGCUGAAAGACUUCGCUGAGCAGAAAGCUUCUAUCACUGCGAAGGUGAAGGAGUGUUACAAUCUCAGAACUGACCACGCGCAUACUGGGGAAAGUGGAGAUGACAACGGAAGGGGGUCAGAUGAUAGGGCAUCCGGAGCAGAAGCGGCUGCAUCAAAGCCGUCCAGCCAAUUAUCAUCGCCCACUGGACUUCUGCGUCGUACACUCACCAUACCCAAAUCCCAAGUGGCCCAAGAUGUUACAAAUCUCUUAGAAAAACCCGUUGAGAAGACUUCUAGCCCGCCCGGCUGGAUAUAUGCUGUAUGUCCCGUUGACCUACCAGGGAAAAUAAAGGUUGGCUUUACCGGCAAACAUCCUGAACUGGAACGUUUUGUGUAUCACAGACGGUGUUAUCGCGAAAUUGAAGUCCUGACAAUGGAGUUGGUGCCUUAUGCGAAUCGCGUCGAGCAGUUACUGUUGACGGAGUUCUCUAACAAGCACCACAUGUUGGAAAAUGCUUGUCAGGAAUGCGAUACUUGUCACAUGGAGCUGCUUGAUAUCGACAAGGAAACUCUACUGGGUUGUUUGGAGAAAUGGAUUAGCUUUGUCAAGACUUGUCCCUACAACAGUCAAGGCAGACUCACGAAAGAGGCCAAAGAAAGGCUACCCCUUCCUGCUUCAAAAAAGCUACCUUGGGUGCAAGCCAACUCGACGAAAAAUGAUCACAAGUCCAACUCCAAAAAAGAAAAGAGGGAGUAA